AUGUUGUGGCCGGCUCUGGUGGCUCCUACAGCGCCAGAGUCCGAUCUAGGUGUUCUUGAGGUUGGUGGGUCUGGAUCUGUUAGAUCUUCGGUCAAUUCCCAGGUUUCUCCUCUAUGGUCCUUAGUUCCUGCCAGAUCUGGUUUUUCACCUCCUUUCCCUCUCUCGCUCUGCGCUUCCAUGCUUCGUCCUGCUUAUGUGGAGUUCGCUUGGGUUCUGGUUUUUCUCCGGUUCGAUCUUUCACCUUCUGAGCUUGGUGUUAUCCGGUUUGGUUCGUUUGCUCCAUGCCGCUAUCUCACUUCUGAUCGAGAGCUCAAUCCGCGAAGGGUACUUCUGCCAGUUAGGACUUUUUGGCGUGUUGGAAGGCUGGCGUUUUGA